AUGCCAGACGUCGUGGCGAUUUGCCUGGUUGAAGUUCAGAGGCUGGAAAAGGAGGACGCGGCCAGGAACACAGAAACUGAGGCACAAAGUCUUGCCCAAUUCAAAGGAAAGGUUAACCCCAAAAAAGAGAAGCGCGUCCUUGGUCGGGAGUCUUUAAGUCCUCUGAAUCACACUUUACCAAAAGCCUCUAAAGAAAAAGGAAAUGAAACCGGAGCCGCGGGGCUGAGCCGCGCAGUCACCCACCAUCACCCCAAGAGCGAUGCGGCGCUCUCCGUCCCCACCGUCCCCACCGCGCUCCGCAGCGCGGCCGGAGCUGCCCGGGCACAGAGCCUGAGCCGAACCCGGGCGAGCUCCGGGCUUUGCGAGGGGGGGGAGCCGGUGGAUGAAGUCCUCCAAAUCCCCCCUUCGCUGCUGACAUGCGGCGGGUGCCAGCAGAACAUCGGGGACCGCUAUUUCCUGAAAGCCAUCGACCAGUACUGGCACGAGGACUGCCUCAGCUGCGACCUGUGCGGGUGCAGGCUCGGAGAAGUGGGGAGACGGUUGUAUUACAAACUGGGCAGAAAACUCUGCCGAAGGGACUAUCUCAGGCUCUUUGGCCAAGACGGCCUCUGCGCCUCCUGCGACAAGCGAAUCCGGGCUUACGAGAUGACCAUGCGGGUGAAGGACAAAGUGUAUCACCUUGAAUGCUUCAAAUGCGCUGCCUGCCAGAAACAUUUCUGUGUUGGGGACAGAUACCUCCUCAUCAACUCGGACAUAGUAUGUGAACAGGACAUCUACGAGUGGACUAAGAUAAAUGGAAUGAUCUAGCAAAGACAUGCCUCCGUAGUCCAUAAAAGACACCCCACGGGUGACACGAAUGCAUAGCUGCAGUGAGGAGAUCGUCACUUGAGCUAUGGGCUUUGUCUAAAAUGGGGGGAAAACACCACGGAGUCGGCCCUUUGCAGGCAGUGCUGCGUAGAAUCUAAACUACAUGUAGGUGAGGAAGGGAGGCCGGAGCAAUAGUAGAUAGACUGACUUCUGUUAACAAAGGCGUAUGGACAAUAACUGACACCAGCCAUAUAGGCGAGAGUUGGGGAACAACCACAACGCCAUAGCCAAUUCUCCCAACUGGAAAAAGAGUAGGGACUUCUGUAAAGAGAUGUUAUGACUUUGUCACCUGCAGACUAGGAUUGUGCAAUUGAAUUUUCUUCUCGUCUUGUUUUAGUUACUGAGUUUAGACGACAGCUCCUAAUGUAGACAUGAGGAAGGACACUGGCAGAAAAGGGCCAUCGCUCACGUGGUCAUUCUAUACGGCCUUACACUUCGGGUAGGAGAGAAAGCGGGAAGAGGGUGGGGGUUAUUUUUGCAUGGAUUUUUUUUUUUUCCUUUGAGAAUGAACA